GACGGAAACUGUCGUGUUGUUAUCUUUGUGUCGCUUUGACUGAACUUUAAACAUCUUAAAUGUCGAAGAAACUCACGUGUCUCUGGAUUUUAGCAAAGCUAACGAGGUGCUCAGAGAGGACUGCUCAGAUACAAGCCUGUCACAUCCUAGCUGUAUGUGGAGUCUGAUGAUGGGUUUGUGGCAGCCAGUGACCAACCUUAAAGAUUAUGUAUCCCAGAAUCCUCCAGCGGUGACAUUUUUCCUGUGUCUGCUGAUUCUGGCUGUCUCGUUCAUCGGCCUCAGCUCUUACAGCUACACUCACACUCUGCCUAACCCUGACACAGUAAAGGAUUGGAACCAUCUCCUGUCCUCAUUGUCACAGUUCCAGCUGUGUGCCAAAGCCAAUGCAACUUCAUCUGAGUUUGUCUCGUCAGUCCCCUCUCCUCUGAUGGAUACAGACACUCCACUUAACUCUACAGAGACUCCUUCUGUCAGCCGUUUGCAUCUUAAGGUUCCUGUAGUUGUGACUACCAACUCAAACAGUGGCUCUCUAAAGGAUCUUGGACUACACGCUGUCUUCAGAGCCAGGCAGCUACAUCUUGGAGGCAAUCAGACUGUUAAUGUGACUCUAGAGGUUUUGUCUGGAAAUGAUACCUACACCUGCCUCACCAUAAGUGCCCCAACCCACCUCCUGCCUAUGAGGCUACUUCCACCAGAGUGCCCUGCAUCUGAGAAAAACAUCUCACCCAUCCACGUGGAAGCGAGCAACCAGCCGCCUACAGCAUUACAAACCUGCUACAGUCUACACUCCAAGAAUGACCCAACACUCACUAUCAUGUUAACAAGGGAGGAGCAGAGUGUGGCAGAGCGACAUCUGUUAGAAGUCAGUGUGUGUCUGCUAGCCGUUUGUCUGAUACUCUGUUUAGCUGCUAGUCUGACACAUUCGCUUAUACGUCGACAGCACUGGAAUGGACUGGAUCUACAAAAUGAGCCCUUAAUUGACACCUGAAUAUUGUUCCUCCUCUACAUCCAGAAGAAAUCAGUUGCUCUCUUGACAGAGAACAGCAAUAUUUAUCACUUGCUUUAAGGCAUCUAACCAGUUUUACAAAGGAAACCAGUUUACAUGUCAUGGGGAGAACUGCUCAGCUUGUGAAAAUACUGUAUAAGCACUCUGGGACUCUGGAGGGAGCUCUCUGAAGCCUGAGAAAUAAACCCAGGUGAUGUCAUCAGGGUUAUCUCCGCUUGGCUUUAGAGACUAUUAUUUGUGUAGGAUCUAGCAAUUUCAAGCUUGACUCAUACUGGGGAGUAAAAGUCAGUUUCUUCUGCAUUAAUUUUGACCAUUUUAAUUGAUUAACAUGUUUCUAAACUUGUAAGUGCAAUACUAAAACAGUAUAUAUUAUGUAUUGUACAAUAUCCAGAUCAGAAACACACAUACAGAGAUAUACUGAUAUAGGUACAGUGAUACAGAAGGAGUAUAUAUUUUAUAAUGGGACCAUGGCGUAAGCUACUCUGUUUACUGGUCAUACAUUCACUAUCCAGUCUGUUAUGUUCAUUGCAUUCCAGGACUUAUUUGCUUUCUGUUGAACUACCUUGUCUUCUUCAGUUCCCGCAUUGUGGUUAAGUGUUAUUCCAGUCAAAAACGUAAUUAUUAUUUUUUGUAAACUGUGAAAGUAUUCUUUGUUUCUAAUUUCUACUGGACCAAAGGUAUUUGGGCAUGCUCGGCUAGUUUGCCUGUUUAGCACUUUAAUUUAAAUAUGCUGACAUUGAAAGCUCAUUGAAUCCAGAUGGCAAAUCUACAGUUUAAGUAUUCUUGUAUACAACUACAAUAUGUUUUAUGACUUUCACAGUGCUUGAACCUUUAAGAAACACUGAAAUGUGUCUUACUCCUAAUUGAAUUUGUAAACAACAGAUAGUGUUUAAGUUAGAAAAAAGGGGUGUAACAUCUGCAACGUCGCUAUGAUACAAGCCAUUUGUAAUUGUUUUUUAAUAACAAAGAGUUAAAAGGACACUAAGCAGUGUAAAUGUAAAAUUACCAGUGUUAUUAAUUUACUGACAUGUCCUCCAAUCUGUCCAGGAUUUUCUGCACAAACAGCUCAGAAACACAUUACAGUGGUCAAGUUUGAACAAGACUGAAAUAUUAAUAAUGAUUAAUAUAAAAACUGGAUUUCUGUUGUGAA